GAUUGUGGACUGUUUUUCUAAGGCUUUGGCAUUUGAGGUUGCUCCUCUGAGACCACAAAGCCUUUUCAUUAAAGAAUUCUCUCUCUCUCUCUCUCUCUCUCUCUCUAUCUCUCUCUCUGUAACAUAUUGCCUCUCUCUCUCUAAGAUAAUAUUGCCUCAUGAUAUGGCGGGUGGUUUGCUUUUGAGAGUUCUUAUUUUAUCUCUGCAACUGUUGGUUGGAUUGAAAAUAGCAGAUUGUUAUUCUGAUGUUAAUGUUGGGGUGGUUUUGGUUAUGGAUUCAUGGGUUGGGAGAGUGGGAAAAAUGUGCAUAAGCAUGGCCCUUGAAGAUUUCUACAAGGACCACCCUAACUUCACCACUAGACUCACUAUCUCGUGGAGGGAUUCAGGUGGAGAUGUUGUCAAGGCUGCUUCAGCUGCUUUAGACCUGAUGAAGAAAGUACAAGUGCAGGCCAUAAUCGGUCCCCAAACGUCAGCAGAAGCCGAUUUCAUCGUCAAUCUUGGAAGCAAAGCUCAAGUGCCCAUUCUCUCUUUCUCUGCAACCUCUCCUUCUCUUUCUUCAGCUCACACUCCAUACUUCAUCCGAGCGACCCCCAACUAUUCCACCCAGGCGAAACCAAUUGCGACCCUCUUCAAGGUAUGCAGAUGGAGACGGGCGGUAGCCAUAUACGAAGACACCGCAUAUGGGACCGGCUUCAUCCCCUACUUAACCGAUGCCCUCCAGGAAGUCGACUCCCAGCUUCAGUACAGAUGUGUGCUUCCCCCCUCUGCUCCUGAAGGCCUAAUCAGAGAGGAACUCUUCAAACUGAUGACCAUGCAGACCAGGGUCUUUGUGGUGCACAUGAGGUAUCCUCUUGCCUCUAAAUUUUUUCUUCAGGUACAACAAAUCGGCAUGAUGAGCAGAGGGUAUGCCUGGAUCAUAACAGAUGGGAUAGCAGGCAUCCUCGACUCCUUGGAUCCAGCAGUCAUAGAUUCAAUGCAAGGGGUCAUCGGUGUGAAAUCCCACGUCGCAAACUCCUAUCGCCUGGCGAAUUUCACGACGAGGUGGAGACGGCGUUUUCGACAGGAGUACCCAGAUGAACUACAUAUCCCGAGCUUAACCAUUUUCGGCAUAAGAGCGUACGACGCCGCCUGGGCUCUUGCUCUGGCAGCAGAAAAAUCCGGCAGCCAAGCAGUCAGUUUCCUGCCACCAAUCGCCGGGAAAGUGACCGGAAAUUCUACCGACCUGGCGGCUUUAGGAACUUCAUCAUCAGGACAAAGACUACUAAGAUCCAUCUUAGCCACAAAUUUUGAGGGCUUAACCGGGAAUAUCGAGUUUGUUAAUGGCGAACUCCAAGCAUAUACAUUUCAAAUAAUCAAUGUGAUUGGGAACCAGGCAACUGAAGUUGGACUCUGGUCAUCAAAAUUUGGUCUCUCACCCCACAUAGAAAUUCCAAAUGACGAGGAGGUCCUUGAUGUACACGUGGACGAAUUAGGGCCGGUGAUCUGGCCUGGGAGAUCAACGGCUGUGCCCCAGGGCUGGGUGGUCCCCACAAACCAAAAGAAGUGGAGAAUUGGGGUUCCCUUUAAGACCGGUUUUACGGAGUUCGUUAAAGUGGAACGGGAUCCGAUUAACCGCAGGCUUACGGUAACGGGGUUUUCUAUUGACGUUUUUGUGGCCGUCGUGGAGUUCCUGCCUUACGCCAUUACCUACGAACUUAUACCUUUUGAAGAUGGGCAUGGAAGAAGCGCUGGGACAUAUAAUGAGCUGGUGGAUCAAGUUUUUUAUGGGAAAUAUGAUGCUGUUGUGGGAGACAUUUCUAUCAUUGGGAGUCGAUCGAACCAUGUCGACUUUACGCCACCAUAUACAGAGUCUGGGUUGACUAUGGUAGUUCCAAUGAAAACGGAAAGAAGUUGCAAAGCACAGGCUUUCUUGAAGCCAAUAACAUUGAAGCUCUGGUUAAUCACAACAGGUUUUUCCUUCUUCAUGGCAUUUGUGAUCUGGUUUUUGGAGCAUCGAAGAAAUGACGAUUUUCGAGGGCCACCGUUGGAACAACUGGGCAGGGCACUUUAUUUCUCCUUUUCAAUGCUCGUAUACUCUCACCGUGAUAGGAUAACAAGCAACUUGACACGAUUAGUGAUCAUCCUAUGGCUAUUUGCCGUGCUUAUAUUAAGCAGCAGUUACACAGCGAACUUGGCCUCCAUUCUCACAGUCGAACAAUUGCAACCUACUGUAACUAACCUUCAAAGUGUUAUAAAUAAUGGGGACUAUGUAGGACACUACAAUGGCUCUUAUGUGAAGGGCUUGUUGAAGAAGUGGGGCGUCCCAGAAUGGAAGCUGAGGCCUUAUGACACUGUCGAAGAAUAUGCCAACGCCUUGUUAAAUGGAACCUCACGUGGUGGGGUGGCGGCAAUUGUCGACGAGAUCCCGAACAUCAAAGUUUUUCUCGCUAACCACCAUGACAAGUUCACCACCGUAGGGCCAACUAACAGGACUGGAGGCUAUGGCUUUGUGCUCCCCAAAAACUCCCCAUUUCUAUCUGACAUUUCCAGGGCAGUUCUGAACAUAACUGAGGGAGACAAGAUGGUGGCCAUUGAGAACAAGUGGUUUGGGAAGAAAACAACACAAUCAAGCUCAUCUCCUACUGAUGCCUCUGAAGCACUAAGCCUUGACUGCUUUAGGGGUCUCUUCUGCAUUGUGGGGGCAACAUCCAUUGGAGCCUUGAUAAUAUUUGCCAUUAGGCUUUGGAAUGAGAAUCAAAAUAGGGCUUUAAAUGAAUUCCCACUAGCUGACCCAAGUCUACUGCAAAAGAUUGUUGCCCUAACAAAACUCUUUGAUGAGAAGGACCCUUCACCUCAUAACCUCAAGACAAGAGAGAUUGGUGUGAGAGAAAUUGAGCUCAAUAGAGAUGGAGUCUUGAGCACUAGAGAGGACCCUUCAGGACUUGGUGCAUUAGGGGAUGUUCUCUCCAAUGAGGGCACCACUCUGUCUCCUAGCACCACAGCCUCAGCUGGUGAUGCUCCUAUGGCUUCACCUCUCUCUCCUUUGGAAGAUGGUGAUGCAUUUCUUCCCCUAGGGGAUCACACUCAAGAACCAUAAUGUAGAUGUAAUAUGUAUUUUACACUUGGCAUUCAUGUUUGGCUUAUAUCUCUCAAGCUGGACUAAGGGUAGGUUAUUCCAUUCCAAACCAUGGUUGGAGGGCAUUACAUUGACAAGUUUAUUUGUAAAAAUCAGAAAUAUAAAACUUAUAGUUAGUGGCUUAUGUGUGCACCACCACUCUUUCCUUUGUUUGAAUGAUGAUGAUUCUCCUCUUGCCAAUGGUGAUCAUUGUCAAAAACCAUAUUGUUUAUGUAAUAUGUUUUAUAUGCUUGCUAUAGCUACUUUCAUGA